AAUUUUGUCAAGAAUGAAAUAUAAAUCUAAAUAUUCUAAAUAGUAGUCUUCCAGUCAAUAACUGCUCAAAUGCGCUUCUGUUUCCCCCCGAUCAGACGGUGUGUAUGCGUUCAUUUUCGUCAGUCUGAACUCCCUGGGAAUUAUAGAAUCAUUAUAGAACAAUGUUGAUAUGCUAAGAUGAAAUCAUUCAAGAGGUGCAUGAGUCGCCAUUCCGCUUAUCCCGGAACGUCGGGCUGCUCAUGAAUGAUUCGUUCCGAGGUUUUGAUCGAUCUGGCCCGACAUUGUAAACACAAGCCAGCAAAUCAAUACCAUGGAGGCAAGCAUGCACAAUGUUUACGAAAGUUAAUCUGAACAUAUAUUUCUCACUCGGACCCACUAAUAAUUCUUAUGAUGUAAUUCAAUUACCUUGGCAAAAUGGGAAGCGGGUUAUUUUCGUAACCAGGGCAGUUACGAAAGCUUUGCCGCGCAUGCGCUAGAAUCUGGUCGCUGUUGUUGGCAUCACGCCAGUGGCAAUGCCGAUAAUGUGUAGGAAUGGACGAGGCAUUGAUUCGCAGAUUCGCGGCUGGGAUCGUUCAGAAAAUCUGUAGCGAUACAUAUCCAGGUUUUCAGGAAGCGAUGCAAGCGAUGAAAAAGGACGACUAUAGACUGGACUGUCAGACCUUGUGUGAGGCUAUAUAGCCGCAAGACUUGAAAGACAGCCCACAUCGCAUCUUUAACGUAGAUGAAAAUGGGAAGUGGAACAGCACACCCCACCCCGCAUUGUAUCAUUCAACUACGCCAUAUGCCGUCCCAAGUCAAGUACCCCGACCAUCCUCGGAUGUGGUAGCGCUGUAGGAACAUCGAUACCUAUAUUUAAUAUUUUCAAGGGAAAAUGUAUGCAUGAGAAACCAAUGGAGGUGUUGUCACAUGGAACGACAGGACUAGCCUCAGAUUCUGUCCGGUCGAAUUCUUAUUUUUACGCACACAUCCCACCUGUUGCAGCCCAUGGAUGUCGGCUGUUUCGUGCCGUUUUGAGAACAACGAUGGAUGCAAGUUCAUGCGCGGUCACGUUAUGGCCUCACAUUCAAUUUUUCACUUGGCCUGUCACGCCUACUCAUUAGCAUUGACUCCAAAGAAUCUUCAGGAUCCUCCGGGCAUGUUGGAGUUAUCCUUUCGACACUCUGGCUGUUAUGACCUGAACUGGCAAAAUAAACCUGACCCCAAACCAAGCACGUCGCCCCCGCAUCGAAUCCUUUCAGAUUUAACAGGUUAGAUAAAACUUUGGUUCUAUAUCUGUUCAUUCGAUGUCAGGGCGGGGCCAUAUGUCUUUUAUGUGCUCGAAAACCAAUUACAUGAGGAUAUAUAUUGUUCUUUUGAUCUCAACACAUUCAAUGAUUCAUUUGUGAGGUUUUAGUUGUUUUGAUUACCCUUACCAAGGCGGAAUAGAUGUUGGUGAAAGAGGCCAUGCUGUGAGUAAAGAAGGAAAAUGACUUCACUCUCACCAACGUGUUUUCUUUAAAUACGUGAAACUAUGACUUUCUAUAUAUACAAUACAACCAUAAAAAAACACGAAAAACGAGUCUUUGUUGGAUAUUUUGAACAUAGAAAAGGCUUCACUUUUAGCUUGUGUUGGCAAAACGAUGUUCUGUGACAUCAUGAAGUGGAAUGUUUUUUCAUGAUAAUUGCAAUAUGGGUCAACACAAUGGGUGAAUCAUGAAGGAUUGUUAAGUGAAUUAUCUCCUAACACAUGCAUGCACUGAGAGUAUCCAGAUGUUUGUAGUCUUACGGUGGAACAACGUUGUCUACGUAGCCAUGUCUAAAACACAAUCUAUAUCUUUAGAGGGUACUUUAACAUUAACAGAGGUGAAAGAUGUUGACGACAGUUGAUAAGCCUUUAUAAACACGUGUUUGGACUGAUGUCAUACUGGGAUUGAUGUCUUGAUGAGGCUGAUGUCUUAAUGAGGCUGAUGUCUUGAUGAGGCUGAUGACUUGAUGAUACUGAUGUCAUGAUGCGUCUGAUGUCUUGAUUCGGCUGAUGUCUUGAUUCGGCUGAUGUCUUGAUGCAGCUGAUGUCUUGAUGCGGCUGAUAUCUUGAUGAGGCUGAUGUCGUGAUGCGGCUGAUGUCUUGAUGAGGCUGAUGUCUUGAUGCAGCUGAUGUCUUGAUGCGGUGAUAUCUUGAUGAGGCUGAUGUCAUGGUGUGGCUUAUGUCUUGAUGCGGCUGAUGCCUUUAGGACACUGAUGUCUUGAUGAGGCUGCUGUCAUGAUGCGGUUGAUGUCAUGAUGCAGCUGAUGUCUUGAUGAGGCUGAUGUCUUGAGGCGGCUGAUGUCUUGAUGCGGCUGAUGUCAUGAUGAAGCUAAAGUAUUGAUGACAAUGAUGUCAUGAUGCGGCUGAUGACUUGACGCGGCUGAUGUCUUGAUGAGGCUAAUGUCUUGAUGACGCUGACGUCUUGAUGCGGCUGAUGUCAUGAUGAAGCUAAAGUAUUGAUGACACUGAUGACAUUCGCGUCUGAUGUCUUGAUGCAGCUGAUGUCAUGAUGAAGCUAAUGUAUUGAUGACAAUGAUGCCAUGGUGCGGCUGAUGUCUUAAUGCGGCUGAUGUCUUGAUGAGGCUAAUGUCUUGAUGACGCUGAUGUCUUGAUGCGGCUGAUGUCUUGAUGCGGCUGAUGUCGUGAUGCGGCUGAUGUUUUGAUGCGGCUGAUGUAUUGAUGCGGCUGACGUCUUUAUGCGGCUGAUGUCAUGAUGAAGCUCAAGUAUUGAUGACAAUGAUGUCAUGAUUCGGCUGAUGUCUUGAUGCGGCUGAUGUCUUGAUGAGGCUAAUGUCUUGAUGCGGCUGAUGUCUUGAUGCGGCUGAUGUCAUGAUGAAGCUAAUGUAUUGAUGACACUGAUGUCAUGAUGAAACUAGUGUAUUAAUGACACUGAUGUCAUGAUGCGGCUGAUGUCUUGAUGCGGCUGAUGUCAUGAUGAAGCUAAUGUCUUGAUGACACCGUGACUGAUGUCAUGAUACGGCUGAUGUCAUGAUGCGGCUGAUGUCUUGAUGCGGCUUAUGUCAUGAUGAAGCUAAUGUAUUGAUGACACUGGUGUCUUGAUGCGGCUGAUGUCUUGAUGAGGCUUAUGUCUUGAUGACACUGAUGUGAUGGUGAUGGUGAUGUCUUGAUGACACUGAUGUCUUGGUGAGACUGAUGUCAUAUUAAGGCUGAUGUCUUGAUGCGGCUGAUGUCUUGAUGAGGCUGAUGUUGUGAUGAGGCUGAUGUCAUAAUAAGGCUGAUGUCAUGAUGAUGGUGAUGUCUUGAUGACACUGAUGUCUUGAUGAGGCUGAUGUUGUGAUGAGGCUGAUAUCAUGGUGAGGCUGAUGUCUUGAUGAGGCUGAUGUUUUGAUGACAUUGGUGUCGUUAUGCGGCUGAUGUCUUGAUAAGGCUGAGGUCCACACUCGAUUAUUUACAGACCGACGUCAUGUAGCUGGGAUAUUGCUGAGUGCGGCGUAAAACAUCAAACAUUAAACAACCACACACAUCCACAUCCACACAGAAGAAUAUUAAGUGGUCGGCCGCCCGUGUCCAUAAUAAUGAGAUCAAUGGUUCUCUUGGCGAACCCCGAAAAUGGAGCCUAAGGAAACCAGCUGUCUAAAUUAAUGGCCAUGCUAAACACACGUAGAGAAGAAUGUGUGCUUUGGAAUGAGGGAAUUAAAUUAUAUAACGGGGACUCAGUAAAAGAAUUCCGCAGUGACAUUCUUUGCGGUGUGUCCGUUUAAAGAAGUAAGUAAACGGAUAGGCGACAUGGGUCUCGUGGAGGUUAUAAUAAUAUCUGCUGAUGUUUUUUUUCAGAACCAAGUCUUUUGUUCCCAAAUGUGUGACUCUUCGUGACAGAUAAUACAGUGAAGAAUCAAUCAACUUUUGACAGAUUGACUGGGUUACCUCUCUCAUGGUUACCAUGUCACGCUGCUGCCGUCAUCUGGGCCAUGAUCUGGUUGUCCUCGUGGCUGCUUCGUCUGUGCGUCUUCUCUUCUGUGGCUUGUGGUACACACCCGGCAUCCUGUACGUCGCCUUCAGGGACGCCUUCCAGCAAAGUGCGGCCGUGACGUCAUGGAUCACGUCACUCCAGUACUUCACGAGCUGCAUAACAGGCAGUCAUUCAAGUCACCAAGCCUGACACCCGAUCUAUCCUGCUGCCUGGCAUGAAAAGCAUGGCUUGCCAUGGUCGUAUUCUAGCCCCGUAUCCUAACGGAGGACAAUUUUAAUGUGCAGUUGGAGGUUUGGUGAUGCAUCGUUUCGGCAGUCGACUGGUCACCGUGACAGGAGGGAUCAUCCUGUCUGGUGGACUGCUGACCAGUAUGUGGACCACUCACAUCGCUCACUUGUUCGUCACAUAUGGAAUGCUCGCGGGGUUUGGAGCAGGUCUGUGUUAUAUCGGGUGCUUGGAAGCUGUGAAAGAAAUGUUCACCACUAACGUUAACUUGGUGUUCGGGGUGAGUGCAUUUAUUGCCAACUUAGGGAUCAUGAUCUACCCACCUGUGCUGCAGCUCCUCAUUGAUAUCUUCUCCUGGAGAGGAAUGUUCCUCAUUCUGGCAGGAGUGGAACUCAACAUCAUUGUCAUUGCUGCAGUAUUUCCAGGACCCCAUAUACGUCCACAAGUAGAGACACCCAUAGCACAGGAGACAGACGAAUCGAACAGACAUGGAGAUACUGGUUCAGAGAUAAAUGAUGGGAAGACUGAUUCAUUAUUACAUGGUAUCUCACCAAAAACAGAAAAGACAGUUGCACUGAAAGAUAUAAGUUUGCAAACAACCUUUCUCGAAAAUCAUUACUUUUUAAAGAGUCGACAUUAUUACCUAUACGUACUGAGUGGUACCUUGUAUCUCUUUGGGGCUGGAAUUAUACUGGGACAUUUGUCAGCCUAUGCCAUGGAGAAUAACAUUACAGAUAGCUAUGGAGCUGCAAUGCUGUAUACCGUCAACGCAUUAUCAAUGGCAUGUGGUAAAUUGCUUCACGGAGUUGUGAUAACGAAAAUCAGAAUGAACCCUAUCAAACUCCAUAUAUUUGUGUGUGGAAUAGGUGGUUUGGCAACGUUUCUAUUCUUGUUCAAUGUUCCUCUUCCUGUUCUAUACGCCUAUAUGGUAGUGUUUGGAGCGAGUAAUGCUAGCAUAGGUGGCGCACUCAUGCCAUCCAUACUGCUGGAGAUGGCAGGCUCCGACAGCUUCUCCUUCUCUGUUGGCUUUUACACAGUGAUCACAGCUAUGGGAUCUCUCAUAGGAGCUCCAACGGCAGGUUGGAUAUAUGAUGCCACCAGUUCUUACACAACCCCGUUCCUGCUUGCAGCCAUUUCAAUGAUAUCAUCAGCCUUUGUCAUGGUGACAUCGUGUCAGUUCAAGCCGAACCAGGCAACCACUACAGGGGGGGUUUAGCAUAUAUCAUUUCACAAAGGUUAUUAUAUGUCCCUCAAUAAUUACACUAUUGCCGCCAUCAUGAGGUUAAUGUUCAC